UUCAAGUCAUCUGUUUCCUACAAGGCGCCAGCUCAGAGGAAUUAGCUCGGCCUGGACACACUCGGUCCCUUCGCGUCUGAACACCCGGAGGGGAAGUUACCCAGUAGUCAUAUUUAUUCUUAGACGUGAAUAAGAGUGAACUUCAAGGACAGAAUCUUGAGGUUUACUCGGAAACUGACACCAGCCCCUCAGAGUAUAAUGCGAGGCAAACGGGAAGAGACAGAACCGAAGUCUGUUGUUCCCGAGGCGCCCAAGCAAAACCCAGUUAGACCGAGGAAGAGGAAGGCAGAUGUUGCUAUUUAUUUACAAGAUCUGGAUGAGGAGACAGUAGAGAUGACAAAGAAGAAGCAGCGUGACUGUAAGUUGGGCUGGAGUCCUGAUGCUGGUUAUACACACAGGUGGAUCCCCACACCGGAUCCGGAAGAGGACCAACCAGUUUCCUUGAUAAACGCAGGCUUCCCCAACUACAGCUUUAACAGCAUAUUUGUAACCCCCACACACUGUUCGCCACUCCCCACUCUGUGCUGGGCCAGUAAAGAUGUGGUAUGGAGAAACAUGUUGGCGAAGGAUAAGACCUACACCAGGGAUAUCCACAUGAUGGAGAAACAUCCUCAUCUGCAGCCCAAGAUGAGGGCAGUUCUUCUGGACUGGCUCAUGGAGGUGAGUGAGGUGUACAAACUACACAGGGAGACGUACCACCUCGCUCAGGAUUAUUUUGAUCGCUUCAUGGCCACACAGAGAAAUGUCUUCAAAUCAACGCUGCAACUCAUAGGCAUCACCUGUCUCUUCAUUGCUGCCAAAAUCGAGGAGAUGUAUCCUCCCAAGGUCUACCAGUUUGCCUAUGUUACAGAUGACGCCUGCACUGAAGAUGAGAUUCUUAGUAUGGAACUCAUUAUUAUGAAGGAGCUGAAGUGGAGUCUCAGUCCACAAACUCCCAUCUCCUGGCUCAAUGUUUACAUGCAGGUGGCCUACGUGAAAGAGACAGAUGAACUGCUUGUCCCCAGAUACCCCCAGGCUACUUUCACACAGAUAGCAGAGUUAUUGGACCUGUGUAUGCUAGAUAUGGGUUGCCUUGAGUUUUCUAAUGGCAUCCUUGCUGCGUCAUCUCUUUUCCACUUCUCCUCUCUGGAGCUGGUGGAAAACGUCUCAGCUUUGAAGGGAGUGGAGGUAGAGGAGUGUGCGAGGUGGAUGGUGCCAUUUGCCAUGGCGCUGCGGGAGUUGGGCGGGUCACCUAUGAAAACAUUCCCAGGAGUCCCUGCAGAUGACAUGCACAACAUCCAAUCCCAUGCCCCUUACCUGACCUGGCUGGACCAGGCCUACUCUUACCAGGAUGAGGAACUGGAGCGCCACAGUAACUGUCCUGUUCCCUCAGGCGUCCUGACUCCACCCCUGAGCAACAAGAAGGGAAUGCUGCAGAACUAAAACUCAAACCAAGGAUGCAUUCUCCAUCCCCACACCACCUUCAAAAUUAGUGAAGCAAACACUGCCACUGACAAGACUGCACCAAAUCAUAAUUAGAUUUUUACAUUAUAGCUGCAAAGGGAAGAAAUACAGCACAGAUGUGUUUAAUUUGAACACCGCCACCUCUGCAGCACUGGUACAUUAUGUACGAUGGAUUUCUGGUGGAAAUACUGAUGGAAAUGGUAUUUUUCUCUUUCAAGGUCAUACUGAUUACUUGGAUCUAGAUCCUUUUUAAGGUCGCUGUAAAGGAUCCACUGACUGAGUUUGGAUAAACAAUGGCGGUGAUGAAAUGAGUUUAAUUGAGCCCCAUCCUAUGGGAAUCUUACUUUUUAAACCCUCCAGUCUGGAUGAAAACACAAUGGCCACUAGGGAUGGGGCAGCCCAGGAGAGAUUUUAUUUUAUUUUUUUGUUUGUACCCAAAUGCUUGCAUUAAUUACCACCCACACCUAUUUGUAGUGGUUGCCAUUUUUGUUUUCUAUGCAGAGGCCAAAUUUUGUGGCUCCUCUACCUGAUUGUGUGUUUUCUGUUAGUGGCCUCAUGUGCCCAAAAACCCUAGGGUCAUGUAUGACUCUGUGCUGCUAUAAAGUGGGCUUUGCAUGAUGGAGGGUCGUGUGUCUGUGUGAAAGAGAGAAAUUGUGUGUUGUUUGGUUCCACUUUUUCCAUUUUAUUGGCAAGAACAUGCCCAUGUUCCACUUUGGGGCCAGUAGCUUGGCUAUGUAAAUGGACAAGUGAACCAGCCAGGCUUCAGAAGCUGAAAUAUUGAUUGUAUUUAACUUUUUUUUAAUUUUUUUUUUUAUCCAACUUGUAAUUUUUUUG